UCUUUAAUCAGUGUGAAUUUCCUGCAUAAACAAAUACCACUGCAGUCUCAGACGUAACAUUUUGUUUUCCUUCUGUCUCCCUAAACUAGCCCUAAUCAUGUCUGACAUCCAGAAGGCUAUGGCCCUGCUAAUCAGCACCUUUGAUAAAUACUCUGGCAAGGAGGGAGACAAAAACACCCUAAGCAAGGAAGAGCUGAAGGAUCUUCUUCAAAAUGAGUUUGGAGAAAUGCUUUGCAAAUCCAAUGACAAGGCAGCAAUAGACCGCAUCUUCAAUGAUCUGGACAGAGACAAGAGCAAUAGUGUGGAUUUUGGUGAGUUUGUCAGGAUGGUCUGCUGCCUCACUGAGAUGUGCCACGAGUACUUCGUCUCCAAAAAAUAAGGAUCCGAGCGCCACCUUGCGGCCAACUGAGAGAGCUGCCAUUCGGUGACAGGAAGUGUCCCUUGACAGCUGUUUUGAAGAAGAUAUAAACACAAAUAUAUGACAGUGAAUUCAAACUUGUACUGAAAUCCAAAAUGAAAUAAAUCUUUUUUUUCUCUCUCUGAAA